UUUAAUUGAAUCCCCAUGCCUCCAUCUCUGAAGAUCAUUAAGAACAUGGAGAAGUACAGACAAGCUGCUAAACUGGAGAUCAAUGUCCUGGAGAAAAUCAACGAGAAAGACCCACACAACAAACAUCAAUGUGUUCAGAUGCUGGACUGGUUUGACUACCAUGGUCAUGUGUGUAUCUCCAUGGAGCUGCUAGCCCUCAGCACUUUUGACUUCCUGAAGGAGAACAACUUCCUGCCGUACUGUAUGGAUCACAUCCGCCAGAUGGCCUACCAGAUCUGCCUCGCUGUCAACUUUCUCCAUAUCAACAAGCUGACCCACACUGACCUCAAACCUGAGAACAUCCUGUUUGUCAACUCUGACUACACCAUCACUUACAACGCUGAGAAGGUGAGAGGGAGGGGGAGGGCUUCCUUCAUCACUCUCUUCUUUACCUACGCUAAAGUUCAAGGGGGCCGAAUACUUUCGCAAGGCACUGUAUCUACACGCCACUACCGCGCUCCUGAAGUUAUUCUGGAGCUGGGCUGGAGUCAUCCGUGUGAUGUCUGGAGUAUCGGCUGCAUCCUGUUUGAGUACUAUGAAGGCUUCACCCUAUAUCAGACCCAUGACAACCAGGAGCACCUGGCCAUGAUGGAGAGAGUACGGGGACCUCUCCCCUCUACGAUGAUCUGCAAGACCAGAUAACACAUGAUGACAGUUACACACACACACAUACACACUCCUCACAGACACACAUACACACUCCUCAUAGACACACAUACACACUCCUCACAGACACACAUACACACUCCUCA